GGGCUUUCGAGCUCUCUGGUGGAUGAAAUGGCGAUCGCCAUGGAGCGAGGAGAGGUCGCCGCUGCUGCUGCUCCAGCCGCCGCGGACAUUCUAGCGAUGCCAUCCAAUCUCUCCUUCAAAUCGCUCAAGCCGCUGGAGCUGCGCGAGGAGGAUUUGCUGCCGUCGACGCCGGUCGGGGUCGUCUAUGGCACGCUCGACAAUGGUAUGUGUUAUUACGUUCGGCAGAAUGCCAAGCCUCGGGCGAGAGCUGCGCUCGCGCUGGGAGUCAGGAUCGGGUCGGUAAUGGAAGAGGAGGAGGAGCGUGGAGUGGCUCACAUUCUCGAGCACUUGGCUUUCAGUGCCACGACGAAGUAUACGAACCACGACAUUGUGAAAUUCCUGGAGAGCAUUGGUGCUGAAUUUGGUGCUUGUCAAAAUGCCAUGACGUCGGCAGACGAGACUAUCUACGAGCUCCUGGUUCCUGUUGAUAAACCAGAGCUUCUAUCACAAGCUAUCUCGGUCCUCGCGGAGUUUAGCGCUGGGAUUCGUGCAUCACAAGAAGAUUUGGAAAAGGAGAGGGGAGCGGUCAUGGAGGAGUACAGAGGCGAUCGCAAUGCCUUAGGACGGAUGCAACAGGCGCAUUGGUUGCUCCUCAUGCAAGGAUCAAAGUACGCUGAUCGUUUACCGAUUGGACUCGAAAAUGUCAUUCGGAAUGUCUCUGCGGAAACUGUCAGAAACUUUUAUCAUAAAUGGUAUCACCCGAAACAUAUGGCUUUUGUAGCCGUAGGAGACUUUGAAGAUACGGAGAGUGUGGUAGAACUCAUAAAGCUUCACUUUCAAGAGAAGGACCCCGUGUUUGAGAAACGGGCAUACAAUGAAUUGCCUCUAUAUCAUGUUCCAAGUCAUGAAGAGCCCCGAUUUUCCUGCUUUGCUGAAACAGAGGCCGGAGGAUCAGCUGUGGUGGCCAGCUGGAAAAUCCCAUCGAGGCAAAUUGUUACAGUUGCAGACUAUCGAUAUACUGUAGCUGAGGGAAUGUUUCACAGCGCUCUCAAUCAAAGAUUCUUUAAACUUUCAAGGCAGCAGGAGCCUCCCUUCUUUUCCUGUGCCUCAGUGGAUGACAAUCUGGUUCGACCUGUAAAAGCCUACACCAUCACUGCAAGUUGCAAGGAGAAAGGUACACUCGAAGCUGUCGAGUCCAUUCUUACUGAAGUUGCUAGAAUAAGACUGCACGGAUUUUCAGAACGUGAACUUGCAAUGGUUCGUGCGUUUUUGACAACAGACAUGGAGUCAGCAUACUUAGAAAGGGACCAGAUGCAAUCAACAUCCUACCGAGAAGAAUACAUGGAGCACUUUCUCCAUAAUGAACCUGUCGUUGGAAUUGAGUACGAAGCUCGUCUUCAAAAGGCUGUUUUACCAGGAAUCACUGCGACAGAAGUUGCUGACAUUGCUCACCUUCUCAAGGCUCGUCUCAGCUGCAUUAUCAAGACGAUAGAGCCUCGCGUUAGUGUUACGGUUAAAGAUUUAAAGAAUGUGAUUGCGAAAGUUCAAGCUCUCGAAGACGAGGGCUCUAUUCCUCCGUGGAAUGAAGAGGACGUUCCCGAGGAGGUUGUUGAGAAUAAACCUGAGCCGGGGGUCAUUCUGGAAACCACUGUUUAUGAAGAAUUUGGAGCCACAGAACUCGUCCUGAGCAAUGGGCUUCGUGUUUGUUACAAGCCGACAGACUUUUUAGAUGAUCAGAUAGUAUUUUCGGGAUUUGCAUAUGGUGGACUCUCUCAAGUGCCUGAGAAAGAUUUUCUCACCUGUUCGAUGGGAUCUACCAUUGCAGGGGAGAUUGGAGUUUUUGGACAUAAGCCGUCAGUCCUCAUGGAUAUCUUGGCUGGCAAAAGAGCUGAAGUGGGAACAAAGAUUGGGGCCUACAUGCGUAGCUUCUCGGGGGAUUGUUCUCCCACUGAUCUAGAAAUUGCACUCCAGCUGAUCUAUCAACUUUUCGUUACCAGUGUCCAUCCUGGGGACGAUGAAGUAAAGCUAGUUAUGCAAAUGACGAAGGAAGGCAUUGAGGCUCAGGAAAGAGAUCCAUUUACUGCGUAUGUUAACCGAGUUCGUGAAAUUAAUUAUGGCAACUCUUAUUACUUCAAGCCCAUUACUGUAAAAGAUCUUCGCAAAGUUGAUCCUCUGAGGGCGUGCGCUUUCUUUGAUUCUUGUUUUAAAGAUCCUUCUGCUUUUACUAUUGCGAUUGUUGGCAAGAUUAUUCCAGAGAAAGUCGUGCCGCUGAUUCUACAGUAUCUGGGUGGUAUCCCGAGUCCUUCUGAGCCUGUUAUGAAGUACAAUCGAGACGAAUUGCAAGGCCUGCCAUUUACUUUUCCUGCUGGAAUCAUAAGGGAGGAAGUUCGUCGCAGCAUGAUUGAAGCACAAGGCUCCGUACAGAUAACAUUUCCAGUGGAGCUUAAAGCUUCCAAUGUGAUGGAAGAGGUACACUUUACAAGUUUCAUAAGCAAGUUGCUAGAGACGAAAAUGAUGCAAGUUUUAAGGUUCAAGCAUGGGCAGAUAUAUACUGCAUCCGUUUCGGCUUUUCUGGGCGGAAGUAAGCCAUCAAGGUCAAGCGAUGUAUGUGGUGACAUUGCGAUCAGCUUCUCCUGUGAUCCCGAUAGCGCCUGGAAACUUGUCGAAUUCUCUCUUGAAGAGGUUGCAAGGUUGCAACUAGAAGGACCCACCAAACAGGAAGUUUUGACGGUCUUGGAGAUUGAGCAGAGAGCUCACGAGAAUGGGCAACAGGAGAACGUAUAUUGGCUAGACCGAUUGUCGCGAGCGUAUCAAUCAAGGCUCUACGUUGGCGACUUGAACACCUCGUUCCAGGGACAAGACCAAUGGAGGGACUCAGUAAGGUCCUCUCUCGACGAAGUCGCAAUGCAGAGGGCACUGUGUAGAAUCUUGCCAGUUCCAUGCGCUCAGCGUCACACGGCAGUGGCUUUGGUUCCGAGACCUUCCCGGAUGAAAGCCAUCGCCGGUUUACUCAACUCUACUACAGUGUCACGCAAGCUUGUAAUAGCGGCAGCGGGGGCUGGAAUGUGCGUCUUCAUGCUGUGGAGAUUAAGACAACGGCGCGUAUCUUCAUAGCGCGCCAAUUUUUCAUACUUUUAGAAUAUUCUUUCUUCAAACAGGAUCCAGAACCUUCUAGAUUCCA